GGGAGCCGGAGCAGGAUCGCACCUGUGGGACUCCAGCGCUGCAGGAGAGGCAGGCAGGGAGGGAGGGACGGAGCCGCUCCUCGCUGCUCUCGCCUCCCUUUGAGCUUCCCAGUGCUCUGCCUGCCUGAAGGCCCGAGGCAUGGGGACCAGGGGAUGGACGCUUUCCACCUUCGUGGGAUGCUGCCUAUGGAUUCUGCAUGGGCUCGGGGCCGCUGCUGCUGUCCCUGUCACUGCUGAGGGGCCGUUUGCUGCAGGGACAACUUCUUCCAUCACGGCGGAGAGCGAGGUGCCCCAUUCCCUGGUGACGGGCACUGCGGAGACAAGCACUGCAGCAGCCGAUGCUGAAAUAGCCGAGAGCAUCCUCAUAGCAACCUCAUCAAGCCCGUCCUUCCCUCCCGGGGCUGAGCCAGGCACUUUAGUGACAGUGACAAGCCAAUAUGAUUCUACAGUACCAACUUUGACGAAUGUGACCAAGCCUCUUAACACAUCUCAGGAUAACGAGAGGGGUUCAGCUGCUCUUGCUCCAGCCACAACCGCUGCCGCCAUCGUCUCACAGGACCCCGCUGUCACCUCAGAUGUGGAGCUUGUUGUAAUGGGCACCACUCCCGACGCACCCCUGGGGGCCACCCCUCUCUUUGCAGAUGUGCAGGAGGACAUCCUCGCAGCUGUGACCAGAGAAGGAGCAGAAGAUCAAGACCUCACUGCCAGCACCGUGUCCCUCCCCACCACCCCUCCGCCAGCAGCUGCCUGGGGGGCACAGCCAACUGCUGGCAGCCCCAUGGGUGCCGGUGUCACCACAGUGCCGAGCCAAGGGCUGACCACAGUCUCGGGAGCCAUCGAGGAAGGUGUAACCCUGCCUGUGGAUAUCCAAAGCAACGCCAGUGCCAACUCCUUGAGCCCCAGCCCUGGCGCCGCGGGGCUGUUCACGACCCAGCAGGAUGCGGCGGGGAGUGGGGCGAUGGGCAUCAUCCCAGGGCCAGAAGGAGAAAUGGCCCCAGCCACCGAGGAAAGUCCGUUGGCUUUAGUGCCUGGAGAUACAGGAGAUGCAGUAAAUCCUGCAUUCAGCACGGCUGGUUCAUCUCACCUGCCCCUGGAGAGCCCAACGGUGUUGGAAACAGUGGGAAACCCAGAGGAGCCCUCCCUCCUCCCCGGCCAGGCAGCGCUGAGCCCGACCGCUUCGCUGGAACCAGUCGGUGGUGGGGACUGGGAUGGGCAGGGAGCUCCUGGCAUGUCAUCGGAUGCUCCUGGUUCAGCCCAGCAACUCGCAGCCAGUGAGGCACCCGCAGUGACAGAGGACAUGGCCACCUCGCUGCUGGCCCCGAGGGUUCCCACUGAUGUGCAGAGUGAUGCGAAUCCCCCAGCCCUGGCCACCGUGCUGCCCACAGGGGACGUGGGGGCUGUGGGUCUGGCUGAGCCGUCCCUGCAGCCUGCCCCAUGGCAGACCCCCACCGGAGAACAGCCACCGCUGCUUGAUGCUGCCCUGCCGUCCCCCACGGACACCUCCAGCGCUCCUGGGGCUGCUUAUCUCCCCCUGGGAGCUGGGGCCGGCACCCUGCCUGCAGCUGACGAUGGGGUAGAGACACCAGUGAGUCCUGACCUUGGUGUUGCCCCAGGAGCACCUGUGUCUCCAUCCCUUGGAGGGUCACAGUCAUGGGGGACAGCUGGUGCUCCCCAGGGAGCUGAUGGAACCAGCGCUGGCUUGAAUUCGGCUUUGGAUGCCCUUAACCCAGCGUCUUUCGUACCUGAUGGACUGGCAUGGCCCACGGCUGGAGUCCUGGCUCAGGGGGCCGAGGGUGAAGGGGACACGGCACAGGCAGGAGGUCCAGAGAAUGGUAGUCCCUCUGCAGAUACCCAGAGUGAGACGAGUCCUUCAGCCGUCAGCACUCAGCAGGACACGGCUAGCACCGGAGAGCUGCCGGCAGGAGGAACAGGAGAUUUGGUGAAUGCUGAACUGCCCCCUUCAUCAGCUCUCAGGGACGGAGCAGGAACAGAUGCAGCCCCAGCACUGGGACAAGUGUCCCUGCCUGGUCCUGCACUUCCUGGCAGCGCCGGGCUGGAGCCCAACCUCCCAGGGGCUGAAGGACCAGGAGACCUGCCUGGUGAAUUCCUCAGUGCUCCUGGAGCUGCUUACCCACCCCUGGGGGCUGCAGCUGGCCCCGUGUCUGGGGCAGAGACACCAGUGGGCCCCGACCUUGGUGCCAUCCAGGGAGCCCCCAUGUCUCCAUCCCUCGGGGGGUCACAGCCAUGGGGAACAGCAGCUGGUGCUCCUCAAGGAGCAGGUCUCCCUGAAGCCAACGUACCAGGCUCUGGCUUGACUUCAGCAUGGGAUGGCCCCAGCUCAGCGGCUUAUGGACCAGCAGAACCCCCAUCACCUGUCCCUGGGGUCCAGCUUGUCACAAACGUGGGGCUGCCGGUGGCAGAGGGACAUGGAGCUGGCACAGUGGAGCAGGCACUGGGAGGAGCAGUCAGCAGGACUGGUUUUGAGCCAUCCCUAAUCUCCAGUGCAGGCAGCGGGACAGCAGCUGGGAUGGAUCAACUGCCUGGUGCAGGUUCCUUGUCUGGUCCUGCAUCUCCCAGUGGUGUGGUGGCAGCAUCUUCCAUUUCAUAUCCAGGCAGUCAAAGUGUCCUUGGAGGAGCAGGCGGUGCUCCUGGAGCUCUGCAGCCUUCCCUGGGUGCUGAGCCUGGGGUCCCUCUUGCUGCAGAAGGGGCAGGUGAAGCAGAUGUUAACGGAGGGUCCCUGAGGCAGUACCAGGCCACUGCUGGAGAGGGACCAGCUGGUUCAGGAGCACCUGAUGGAGACAUGGGAGUGGUUCUGCAGUCUGCAUCUUCUUCCCCAUCUAUGGAGAGAUCUUCAUCACCUGGGUUGGCUGGCGAGGCUGGCAGUGGAGCAAGCCUUCCUAGAGCUGGUGGAGCUGGUGGUGGCUUGAGCACAGGCUUGGAGGCUGCUGGCGCCGAGGAGCCCCCCUUGUCUGCCCCCAGCAUCCUGAGUGGUGCCAGUCUUGGACUUUCUGACGCAAAACUGAGCCAAGUCAAUGUGGUGGAGCUGCCUGGAGGAGCCUCAGCAAACCGGGGACCUUCCCCCAGUGAUAGCCUGGGACAGGGCACAGGAUCCAUCAUACAGAUUGCAUCGGGAGCGCUGGCCCCGUCUGCUCUCGCCUCCCCCCAGGAGACACAACCCUUGGUAGCAGUGGCUCCAGGUGGUGGUGCUUCCGAUGGCACGGCCACCUCACUGUCUACUUCUCUGUUCCUCCCUGGGCACGGGCUGAGCUCGGGGCUGGCACCCAACGGAGACCCCCAAUCUUCCCCCAGCACCCAGAGUGGGAGCACACCCCUCGUGCCGGGGGCACUGGGUGGGGUGGCAGGAGAUGCUGGUGGUGCUCAGACGUGGUCUCUUGAAGACGAGGUGGCCUCUGGGAUGCCGGCACCUUCAGGAGAAGCAUCCCCACGUGCCCCCGCAUCCCUCAGCGCUGCCCCAGCAUUGCCUUCUGCUCCACAGAGCGAAAACGCUGCAGAGGGGGUGUCCACCACCCCCGGGCUUUCUGCUCCGCUUUUGGCACGUGAGUCAGCAGUGGGGUCCUCUGCGGGGGGAAGGGGAGAGCUGGGGACUGCUGCACCAGGGGGACCUGCCCUGCUUCCACCUCCCCGCCAGCUGGGAAGCCCCGGAGUCCCCUCCGGGGAUGCUGACAGCCCUGUGCCUGGGGAAGUGAGUGUCGUGCUCCCUGGAGCGAUGGCGGGGCGAGGGGACAUGGCUCAGCUCCUUCCUAGCGCGACUGGAGCCAGGGCAGGUGUGGAGACCCCCGCUCGCUCCCCACUGGGGGGGAGCCCAGGGCUCCCUGGACUUCCUCCCGCCAGGAUCGCUGCUGGCAGCCCCGGACCAAAGACCCCAGGGCCAGGAGCUGCUGGUGGCUCAUCUGCCGCUGCCCGGCAGCCAUUCUUGGGCGGUGAGCUGACCACCAGCCUGGCAAACAGACCCCCUUCCACUGGUGGGUCGAGCCUCCCCGCAGCCUUCUCAGGCCAGGGGGGAGCCCGUAGUGGGUCCCCAGCCACCGCACGCCCAGCUGUGUCCUGCAGCCCGACCACAGGCAGCCCGGCCCCACCAGCCCCCCUCCCUGGGGGCAGGGAGGUGCUCCCAAAGCCAGGAGCAGCCACUGUCACCUCCCGCGCAUCGUCCCCCAUGUUUCCAGCUCUGCCAGGAGGGCCGGCGGCCGCCCCGACACCGCUGCCCAGCCCCACAGUUCCAGCUGUGCCCCUCUAUGGGUAUGGAGUGAGGGAAAAUGAUCGGGAGUACGUGGAAAGGAGGGUGGAUUUUAAUUCUCCGCUUUUCAAACCCGAGAUUGGAUUCCCGUUUGGGAGAGCCCUGCGCGACUCUCUCUACUUUACAGACAAUGGACAAAUCAUCUUCCCAGCCUCAGACAACAGCAUCUUCACAUACCCCAACCCUCCUCCCAGCGGCUUCAAUGGCCAUGAGAAGGUUCCCAUGAUUGCCGUGUUUUGGGACAAUGCUGACUUCUCCAGAGGUGUUGGCACCACCUUUUACCAGGAGUUCUACACCCUCAACACGGCCAAGCCUCCAUUCAUCCGUGAUGUGGAAGCGAAGAUUCGGCGGUACCUGAGGUCCUCCUACUCCGCAGCCUGGACCCUGAAGAUCACCUGGGAGAAGGCACCAGCCUAUGCAGCACGGACUGACACACGGAGGACGAACACAUAUCAGGCCAUCCUGACCACCGACGGUUUCAGGUCCUACGUCCUGAUGCUGUACCAGGAGGGAGGCAUGCAAUGGGACUACACCAGGCUCCCUGCCACCAAUGUGCUCAUCGGCUACACCAGUGGGGAUGGCUUUUACCGCAAUGAUGACCUGACUCGAAGACCUCCAGCUGCUAAAUACCGCCCUGACCAGUUCAGGGGCUACAACACAGACCUCCGUGGGACGUGGAUUUACAAGCUGGAGAACCUCGUGAGUGUCAAUUACCGGCUGAAGUGCCUGGCGUGGACAGGGCGGCAGCAGGACCCAGGGGCAUGGAGCCAGGGCCUGCCCGCCUGCCCCUGCUCCCUGCAGCAAGGCCAGCAGGACCCGCGCUUCAAGAACAGUCGCGGAGGCAAGUGGACACACCGCUUCCCCAUGCUCCUCCUCCCCAAGCUGUCAGCAGGGGCAGGGAAAAUGUGGAGGAAUGAGGGAUGACCUGUCUUUGUCUUGUCAGACUGGCUGGACCAGGUCUAUGCUGCAUGGGGACCGCAGCAAUAGACCCUUCCCAGCACCAGGGUCUCAUCCUGCAGGACCACUUGGAUGGUCUCCCUUAGUCCCUUCAAACCCCCAUAGCACCGUGGGUGAUGUGGUGGGAGCGAUGGAUAACAAGGAGCCAGCCCCAGCCCUGCUCCUUGCCCCGGGGCAGGGAUGCUGGCUGGGGAGAGCUGUGCCAAAACUCACUGCCACCCUGUUUCAGGCUGGUGGGCUGCCCGUGUCUCCAUGCUGCAUUCUGCCUCCCCCAACAAGCACGGCGCCGGUGUCCGCUGCCUGUACGACAGCCAGAACCAGCUCAUUGAGGGGCGGCAGGAGAGGUACUGGAGGUCCUCCAGGCAGGCGUCCCCCUACCGAGACCAGGAGCUGAAGCUAUACGACUGGUGCUGUAACCAGGCGGGCAGCGCCAGCACCUGCGCCCGCUACAGCGAGAAGAGACCGAAGAUUGGCUGUGAUGGAUACCAGUCACCCGUCAUGGCAGAUUCCUCGGAGGAGGUGGAGGGCGACUCUGAGGAGCAGAGAGACGAAGAGGACAAGUAACCCGGGGGGCUGCACCCCCGCAGCACGGUCUGGGCCACAGCUGAUCCUCUGAGUCCUUUGCUCCUGCUCAUCCCCUGUACCCCGCCGCUUCCCCCAGCACCCAUCACCCCUGCCCACCACGCAGGGCAGCUCACUCGGCCACUGCCUGCGGUUGCCUAAUCCGGACUUAUCCCAAGGAGCCCGUUGCUUUAGUCGCCCUUCCCCAGCCGCAGCUGAGCAGGUGCCUGUGGGCACCUCCUCACUGGCAGGGAGGUGGGCAUGUCCCCCCCACUGCACACACCACCCCUUGUCCUCCCUACAUCCCGAUGUUGCCUCCCACCCUGCACCCUGUGUGAACCCCUGGCACCCAGGGAAAGGCUUUUUACACCUCGCAGGGACUGGCUGUGGCCAAGCCCACGAAUGCCAUGGUGUGCCAGGCUCGCACCGUGAGCCAGUCCUGUCUUGCUGUGCCCAGUGCCCAGGAGAAGGGGCGAUUCUCCGGACCAAGCCGGAGUCAGCUUGACACCUCUGCUGGGUGUGCACGGGCAAAAUGCAACCCCCUGAUCAGAAACCUUGGGAGAAAAAUAAUUUUUUUUUGUGCAUAUAGAGAGCGUCUGCCUUUCUUAAAAAAAGGGAAAAAAAAAAUCCUUGUCAAAUCUUGUUUGUUCAAUAAAGCCUCUGAGGGGUCUGAGCAUCA